AUGUCUAACGACAAGAAACAAUCAGGUACGGCCCGCGUGCUAGGUUCUGCCUCGGCAGGUAUUUUGGAAAUCGGUGUUUUCCACCCUGUUGAUACUAUCUCGAAGAGAUUGAUGUCGAACCACACCAGAAUUGAAUCAAGUGCCCAACUGAACUCUGUCAUUUUCCGUGAGCACAGUGCCGAGGCAUUUGGAAAGCGUCUCUUUACUCUUUUCCCCGGGUUGGGCUACGCUGCCACUUACAAGAUUUUGCAGAGAGUGUACAAGUACGGUGGUCAGCCGUUUGCCAACGAAUUUCUUAAUCAGAAUUUCAAGUCAGACUUCGACAACGCGUUUGGCGAGAAGACCGGUAAGGCCCUGCGCUCAGCCACCGCCGGUUCUCUGAUUGGGAUCGGUGAGAUCGUGCUAUUGCCGCUCGACGUCUUGAAGAUCAAACGACAAACAAACCCGGAGUCUUUCAAAGGUAGAGGCUUCAUCAAAAUUCUACAGGACGAGGGGCUUGGUCUAUACAGAGGCUGGGGCUGGACUGCUGCGAGAAACGCGCCUGGUUCGUUCGCUUUGUUCGGUGGUAACGCUUUUGCCAAAGAAUACAUCUUGGGGCUCAAGGACUACUCUUCGGCAACCUGGGGUCAAAAUUUCGUCUCUUCCAUCGUAGGUGCAAGUGCUUCUUUGAUCGUGUCUGCUCCUCUCGACGUGAUCAAAACCAGAAUUCAAAACAAAAACUUUGACAACCCCGAAAGUGGUCUUAAAAUCAUCAAGAAUACUUUGAAGAACGAAGGCUUUUCUGCUUUCUUCAAGGGUUUAACUCCCAAGCUUCUCACAACCGGUCCCAAAUUGGUGUUCUCGUUUGCCUUAGCGCAAUCUUUGAUCCCAGCCUUUGAUAAUCUACUUGGACACUAA